AUGGGUCUGUACACCAAGCUCGCUGACGAGAUCGACGAAGUCGACAUCAUUAUCGCCGGAGGCGGCACCGCUGCCUGCGUCGUGGCUGGACGUCUCGCAGAAGCUGACCCAAACCUCUCGAUCCUCGUCAUCGAAGGCGGUCCAGACAACCGAGGCAUCCAGAACAUCGGGAAUCCCGUCUUCUAUCCUGAUCACUUGCUGCCCACUAGCAAAGCGACCAUAUUCUACAAAGCCAACAAGGCAGAACAACUGGCCGGCCGAGAAUGCAUUGUUCCCUCGGGCGGCGUGCUGGGUGGAGGGUCUUCAAUCAAUUUCCUCAUGUACACCCGCGCCCAACGAUCUGACUUUGACUCUUGGAACACGCCCGGAUGGUCAGGAGAAGAAAUGCUUCCGUUCUUGAAGAAGUUCGAGACGUAUCAUGGCAAAGGCAACCCAGAACUUCACGGGUUCGACGGUCCAAUCCAUGUCAGUGACGGCACUUUUCGAAACACCAAAGUGGAAGACGAUGUCCUCCAGGCUGCAGCAGCCGUCGGGUGGCCUGAGAUCAAGGAUCUACAGGAUCUUGACAGCAACAACGGGUUCGAGCGCUGGCUUCGUUACAUUUCGCCGGAUGGCAAACGACAGGACACUGCGAGAAAGUAUCUGCAUGACAAGCUCGAAGGGAACAAGUACCCUAACCUUCACAUCCUUGUCGAGUCCAAGGUUGUUCGAGCCUUGUUGGAUGACGAGAAGCGAGCUGUUGGCGUCGAAUACACCCCCAAUCCUGCGUUCCAACUCCAACUUGCUGCCACCCAACACCCGAAGCGCAUUGUUAAGGCUCGCAAACUUGUGGUUGUUUCAUGCGGCGCCUGUGGUACGCCCUCCGUUCUCGAGAGGUCAGGUGUCGGUAAUCCCAAGAUCCUCAAGAGAGCCGACGUCCCUGUUCUUGUCGAUCUCCCUGGUGUCGGUCACGAAUAUGAGGACCACAACAUCAUUCUCUACCCGUACAGGACAGGCCUUGAGCCACACGAGACUGCUGAUUGGAUCUUCAGAGAUCCAGAACAACGACAAGCGCUGGUUGAUUCAAAUCAUCACCAGAUUGGUUGGAACACAGUCGAACUCUCGUCCAAGCUGCGACCAACAGAGGCCCAGGUUGAUGAACUUGGUCCCGAGUUCCGAGCUGCGUGGGACAAAGACUUCAAGGAUGUUCCAAACCGUCCAUUGAUGCUCACAGCUGUUAUCUCUGCUUUCUAUGGAGACCUUGCGACUGUUCCGAUGGGACAAUACAUGACCAUUGCCAACUACACUGCGUACCCCUACUCUCGAGGCCACCUUCACAUCACUGGACCUGAAAUCACCGAUCCACUUGACUUCAACGUGGGCUUCCUCACAGACAAGGGUGACAUUGAUCUCAAGAAGCAACUGUGGGCCUACAAACGAUCUCGUGAGAUCAUGCGACGGACCGAAUUGUACCGCGGUGAGAUUCCUGCCGGUCAUCCAAACUUUCCUACUGGCUCCAAGGCGGCUUGUGUCGAUCUCGGCGAGAGACUGGAAAAUGUCGAAGAUCUGGAGUACUCGCCAGAGGACGACAAGGCUAUUGAGCAGUUCAUUCGUGAACGAGUUGAAACCACAUGGCACUCGAUCGGUACGGCCAAGAUGGCUCCCCGUGAAAAGUUUGGUGUCGUGGACAAGGGCUUGAACGUCUGGGGGACAAAGGGUCUCAAGCUUGCUGAUUUGAGUAUUCCACCCAUGAACGUUGGAGCGAACACGAACAACACGGCUAUUGUGAUUGGCGAGAAAGCUGCAGAUAUCAUCAUCAAGGAGCUGGGGCUUGGUAGCAAAGCAGCGAAAUUGUAA